UGAGUUAUGAUCAAGUGACAACUAUAGAAGCAGAGAGAGAAGUCCAAAGAGUUCUUUGACAAAACAAAGCUUCCACUCAAAAGUUAGUGAUGGCCGGGUAUGGUUAUGCUUAUAGAGGAAACUCGACCUACAGUGGAGUUCCACCUCGUUCUGAUGAAUGGAUCAAAAAAAGCUAUGUCUCUGAAUCUGAUAAUUUGAGCCGGCCUGUCAUCGUCGAUGCUGAGGGGAGGAAAAUGCCAAUCAUGUUGGCAACUCCCAAUUACACUGCACAGGGCUAUGUUACAAAAGUUGAGACGGCUGUUGAGCACGUCCGUGUACCUUUGGUCAUACAAUACAGAAAUAGCUCCCCACCAAAAGUUGGGCCAGUGAAAGACUAUGGAUACAAGGUCGAGCCAAUCAAAGAGAAUGGAUAUAGAGCCGAGCCAGUCAAAGACUAUGGAUAUAAGCCAGAGCCAGUGAAACUGUAUGGAUACAAGCCAGAGCCAGUGAAAGAGUAUGGAUACAAGCCCGAGCCAGUCAAAGAAUACGGAUACAAGACCGAGCCAAUGAAAGAUUACGGAUAUAAGCCUGAGCCAGUCAAAGAAUACGGAUACAAGACCGAGCCAAUGAAGAACUACGGAUAUAAGGCCGAGCCAGUGAAGGACUAUGGAUACAAGGCUGAACCUAUGAAAGACUACACAUAUAAGACUGAGCCUAUGAGAGACUAUACAUAUAAGCCAGCAAAUGACUAUGGAUAUAAGGCUGAGCCUAUGAAAGACUAUACAUACAAGAAUGAGCCUGUAAAAGAAUAUGGUAAGGUCGAGCCAAUGAAAGAUAAUAAAUAUGCUCACGAUCGCCCGCGAGAAGUUGAGGAUUUCAUCACCAAUGUUCAGACUGAAGCUAGCCGACCCAGAAGGGUUAGCCCUCCAGGUGUAUCAAACUGGCCCCUAGCUCCUCUGUCAAACAGGCAGAAUAAUGGCAAUACUGGCUCUGGUGACUACAAUAACUCUGGCAACAAAGACUGGCUCAAGCCGAGUGGAAAUACCAUUCGGAACGAGAAUAAUGAUGACUACCACCAGAAGAAUGGCAAUGCUAUGGAACCAGCAAUGAUCAAUACCGGAGGCUGGGUUAGGCCAAGUCGUGCUACAUGGUCUACACCACCACCAACUCAUCCUGAUGCCACUCUUGGCAAACCCACCACUGAUAUUGGCACAGCUGUGGAUAAUUUGAAGGAUGCAUUGAAACCUUUAUAUCUCUCUACUCCUCCUUCUCGGUACACAGUACCAGUCUCAACAACCAUUGACAGUAAGGAAGCUGCAAGGCGGUAUGGUGGUGCAAAAAUUGAUUGAGCCUCAAGUCAAUAUAUGCUUCUAGCUGGGAAGGUUUGUUUGGAGAUAUCCGUCUAUUCUAUAUUUCUAU